AUGGUCGAUGAAAACAGGCUAGGGUCAAGAACCAAGAGCAAGAUAGACCCCAAGCCAGAGAAUGUGGAGACUGCUGGACCAAGCAGGGGUGACAAAGAUAAACUGCAAGGAGUGACGUUGACUAUCCUUUCAGUGGACUUGCUAAAGACUAAGGAAGGCCAGAAUCGACAGGAGCAUCAUACAGACAGUUUCCAUAGUGACAACCUCAUUGUUCGACGUGGACAGAGCUUCCAGAUGUGGAUUGAGCUCUCCCAACCUUUUGACAAAAACACCGAUGAACUUCACUUGGAGCUUAACUUGGGGCCCAUCCCAUUGGUGUCAAAAGGCACACAGAUCAUUGUUUCAUUGGUUGAAGAGCCAGAGGGCAAGCUCUGGGAGGCUAAAAUCAUCGAACACAAAGACAACAGGAUCAAGCUGUCUGUCAGUUCCCCACCCACAGCUCUGAUUGGCCAGUACCGGCUUACUGUGGUAGCUCAGAGUCCAAAGGGUGUGGCAAAAUCAACCUAUGACCCCAACAAUGACAUCUACAUGCUGUUCAACCCCUGGUGUGAAGACGACACAGUGUACAUGGAAAACGAGGGUGAGAGGACGGAGUACAUCCUGAAUGAUGUUGGAAGGCUGUACUACGGCACAGUGAACCAGAUUGGUGCUCGAACAUGGAAUUUUGGUCAGUUUGCAGACGGAGUCCUCAAAGCCUGUUUCUAUGUGUUGGAUAAGACUAAUAUCCCAUUUCAUGGUCGCGCAGACCCUGUCAAUGUGGCUCGAGUCAUUUCUGCCAUUGUCAAUUCCCUUGAUGACAACGGAGUUCUGGAGGGGAACUGGUCUGGGGAUUACUUUGGUGGAACUGCUCCUACCUCUUGGACCGGCAGUGUGGACAUCCUGAAGAAGUACCACUCAGAAAAUGGUACUCCUGUGAAAUACGGCCAGUGCUGGGUCUUCUCCGGAGUCACCACCACAGUCCUGAGGUGUCUGGGAAUCCCCUGCCGAAGUGUCACCAACUUCAGUUCUGCACAUGACACGGAUGACUCGAUGACCAUAGACGUGUAUUUUGAUGAGAAAAUGCAUCCUAUCGAUGCAUUCAACACUGACUCCAUCUGGAACUUCCAUGUGUGGAACGACUGCUGGAUGGCACGUCCAGACCUCCCCUCUGGGAUGGGGGGCUGGCAGGCUGUGGACUCCACCCCUCAGGAGAGCAGCCAGGGCAUGUUCUGCUGUGGCCCCGCCCCCAUCAAUGCCAUCCGCUCGGGGGAGGUGUUCCACAAGUAUGACGCACACUUUGUCUUUGCUGAGGUGAGCAGCGACAAGAUUUACUGGCAGAGGAAAGAAAACGGCAAGUUCAGGCUGAUUCAUACUGAGAAAGACGUAGUUGGGUGUUGCAUCCUCACCAAGGCUGUUGGCUCUUGUGACUCCAAUGACAUUACGCUGCUCUACAAAUACCCUGAGGGUUCAGAGGAGGAGCGCAUUGCUGUGGAAACUGCCAUUUCCUAUGGUACCAAAUCAGUGGUAUAUAACACCUCAACUCCCAAAGAUGUGUCCUUGGAGGUUGCCGUGAAGGGGGAUGGGCCACGCAUGGGAGAGGAUGCUCAGCUGGUCAUCAAACUCCAAAACAACAGUACCAAGCCACGCAACACCAACCUACACAGUGAAGUGGCGGUCAUGUACUAUACGGGUGUGCUCAAAGCCACCAUCAAGAAGGAGAAUAUUCCUGCCAAACUGAAUCCCGGUGAAGUGAAGACGCUGAACUGGGUGCUACGAUACCAGGAUUACAAGAAUCAACUUGUGGACCAGGCUGCAUUGAUGCUGACAUUAUCCGGUCAGGUCAAGGAGACCCAGCAGAUUCUGGCAACCCAGUACAACUUCCGCCUCAGGACUCCUGAUCUCAUUAUUACACCUCUAGGGAAUGCUGUGGUUGGGAAAGAGAUGACAGCAAAUAUUACCUUCUCAAACCCACUGCCCCAAACCCUGAAGAACAUAACAGUCCUUGUGGAAGGCCUAGGACUCCAGAGUGCUCAGAAGAUGGCUGUGCGGGAUGUGGACCCCUGCUCCACAGUCACCUGGACGGUGAGCUUCGUGCCGACGCUGUCUGGGCCCAGGAAGCUGCUGGCCUCCCUCAACUGCCACCAGCUCACUCAGGUCCACGGGGUGGCCGACAUCAUAGUGAGGGAGAACUGAGUACAGCGAUGCCUCAUCUGAGCUGUAUCCCACCCACAACAUCUCUGCCCCAACAUAUCCCCACCAAACAGAGCCUCAAAACAGCUUUGAGUGGUAUCUUGCCAAUCAUUGCGAGUUA